AUGAAGUUGAAAAGAAAUGUGUCUUCUAAGUGCCAUUCUCUCAGCUGCUAUGAAGUAAUGUUUGCAGCUCUCUUUGCCAUAUUGAUGGUGCUCUGUGCUGGAUUAAUUGUGAUAUCCUGGCUGACAAUCAAGGGAUCUGAACAAGAUGCCUUAUUUGGAAAUAAUCAUGAAGCAAGAGGGACAUUUAAAAUAACAUCUGGAGCUUCCUAUAAUCCUAAUUUGCAAAACAAACUCUCAGUGGAUUUCAAAGUUCUUGCAUUUGACGUUCAGCAAAUGAUCGAUGAAAUCUUUCUAUCAAGUAAUCUAAAGAAUGAAUACAGAAAUUCUCGAAUUUUACAGUUUGAAAAUGGCAGCAUUAUUGUCAUAUUUGACCUUUUCUUUGCUCAAUGGGUGUCAGAUGAAAAUGUUGAAGAAGAGCUGAUUCAAGGCAUUGAAGCAAAUAAAUCCAGCCAACUGGUCACUUUCCAUAUUGAUUUGAACAGCAUCAAUAUCACAGCAUCUUUGGAGUAUUCUUCUACAAUAAACCCUGCAACAACUUCAGACAAGCUAACAACCAGCAAUCUUCUGGCAAUUCCAGGAAAUGUCUCAAUAAUCUGUCUGCCUGGUUCAAGACCCUGUGCAGAUGCUUUAAAGUGCAUAGCCACUGAAUUCUUUUGCGAUGGAGAAUUAAACUGUCCUGAUGGCUCAGAUGAAGACAAUAAAAUUUGUGCCACAGCGUGUGAUGGAAGAUUUUUGUUAACUGGCUUUUCUGGGUCCUUCCAGGCUGCCCGUUAUCCACAGUCUUCUAAAUCCAGUAUUGUCUGCCAGUGGGUUAUACGUGUAAACCAAGGACUUUCCAUUGAAUUGAGCUUUGAUUCUUUUAAUACAUAUUACACAGAUGUAUUAAAUAUUUAUGAAGGCAUAGGAUCAAACAAGAUUUUAAGAGCUUCUGUAUGGGAAACCAAUCCUGGUACAAUUAGGAUAUUUUCCAACCAAGUUACCGCCACUUUUCUUAUAGAAUCUGAUGAAAGUGACUACCUUGGAUUUAAUGCAACAUAUACUGCAUUUAUCAGCACAGAGCUUAAUAAUUUUGAGAAAAUUAAUUGCAAUUUUGAGGAUGGUUUUUGUUACUGGAUCCAGGAUCUAAAUGAUGAUAAUGAAUGGGAAAGGAUUCAAGGAAAUUCCUUUCCUCCUUUCACUGGACCAAAUUUUGAUCACACUUUGAGAAAUAUUUCAGGCUUUUACAUUUCUACCCCAACUGGGCCAGGUGGAAGAAGAGAAAGAGUGCGACUUUUAAGCCUCCCUUUAGUCUUAACUUGGGAACCAAUCUGCCUCAGUUUCUGGUAUUAUAUGUAUGGUGAAAAUGUCUAUAAAUUAAGCAUUAAUAUCAGCAGUGGACAAAACAUGGAGAAGACAAUUUUCCAAAAAGAAGGAAAUUAUGGAGAAAAUUGGAAUUAUGGACAAGUUACACUAAAUGAAACAGUGGAAUUUAAGAUUGCUUUUGAUGCUUUUAAAAACAAUUUCCUGAGUGAUAUUGCAUUGGAUGACAUUAGUCUAACAUAUGGUUUUUGCAAUGUGAGUAAUUACCCAGAACCAACUUUGGUUCCAACUACCCCACCAGAACUUCCAACAGACUGUGGAGGACCUUAUGAAUUGUGGGAGCCAAAUACAACAUUCAAUUCUAUGAACUUUCCAAAUAACUAUCCUAAUCAAGCUUUCUGUAUUUGGAAUUUAAACGCACAAAACGGAAAGAAUAUACAACUCCAUUUUCAAGAAUUUGAUUUAGAAAAUAUUGCAGAUGUAGUUGAAAUCAGAGAUGGUAGAGGAGAUGAUUCUUUGCUCUUAGCUGUGUACUCAGGACCUGGUCCCCUAAAGGAUGUAUUCUCUAACACCAACAGAAUGACUGUGCUUUUCAUCACUGAUGAUCUGGUGGCAAGAGGGGGCUUUAAAGCAAACUUCACUACUGGCUAUCACUUGGGUAUUUCAGAGCCCUGCAAAGAAGAUAAUUUUCACUGUGAAACUGGAGAGUGUAUUCCACUGGUGAAUCUCUGUGACAGUUAUCCACACUGUAAGGAUGGCUCAGAUGAAGCACAUUGUGUACGUCUUUUCAAUGGCACAAUGAACCACAAAGGCUUGGUGCAGUUUAGAAUCCAGAGCAUGUGGUAUGUAGCUUGUGCUGAAAACUGGACCACCCAGAUUUCAAAUGAUGUUUGUCAGCUACUGGGACUAGGGAGUGAGAACUCUUCCAUGCCAAUCUUCUCUACAACAGUCGGGCCAUUUGUACAAUUGAACACAGCACCUAAUGGCAGCUUAAUACUAACACCUAGUAACAAAUGUUUACAAGAUUUGCUGAUUCUGUUACAAUGUAACCAUAAAACAUGUGGAAAAAAAAUGGUGGCUCAAGAAGUCAGCCCAAAAAUUGUUGGAGGAAAUAAUGCCAAGGAAGGGGCCUGGCCCUGGCUUGUUGCUCUGUAUUACGAUGGACGACUGCUCUGUGGUGCUUCCCUUGUCAGCAAAGACUGGCUGGUGUCUGCAGCACACUGUGUGUAUGGGAGAAACUUAGAGCCCUCUAAAUGGAAAGCAAUCCUAGGCCUGCAUAUGACAUCAAAUCUGACUUCUCCUCAAAUAGUAACUCAGCGGAUAGACCAAAUUGUCAUAAACCCACAUUACAAUAAACGAAGAAAAGAUAGUGACAUCGCCAUGAUGCACCUUGAGUUUAAAGUGAAUUAUACAGAUUAUAUACAACCUAUUUGUUUACCAGAAGAUAACCAAACUUUCCCUCCAGGAAAAAGUUGUUCUAUUGCUGGUUGGGGGAGGGUUGUACACCAAGGUUCUACUGCAGACAUAUUGCAAGAAGCUGUUGUUCCUCUUCUAUCAAAUGACAGAUGCCAACAACAAAUGUCAGAAUAUAACAUUACAGAAAAUAUGGUGUGUGCAGGUUAUGAAGAAGGAGGAAUCGAUUCUUGUCAAGUGCAGAAUGGAAUAGUUGCCAAAAACAUGGAUACUGCACUCAGACAGCUUUUGUUUCACCCUGUUUUAACAAUUAUUAUUGAUGAGAUGUUGGACAAGUGA